AUGGCCACGGAGGUGAUUCAAUCUUUGUCAAGUAGAUUUGUAUCCUUGGAGGAUAUCAUACAAUCCCAAGAAAGUAUCCUCACAUCCCUUUUGCAACGUCUUGCUGGCGUGGAGAAGUUUGUUGGGAAUGAGGUGCGACAGCGAGAGCAAGGUCAGCAGCAACUUAACGGAUUGCUUAAUGAACAAAGCAAUGGUAUCACUGCUCUCUCGGCAAAAACGAGUACCCUUCUACAGUCUCAGAGUGAUCGCAUAAGUACUUUGCAGGCUGAUGGACAAGGCUUUCGAGCUGCUUUGGAGGGGCUUGACAAGCGAUUUGACGCUAGUCUGCACGGCCUUGAUCAAAAACUGCAGAUCAGCGUUGAUGCAGUGUACACCCGUAUCCGUUCCGUUGAGGAUUCUAACACGGAGGCCAUGCGAACAUUGAACGCUGCCAUGCAAAACCAAGCCCAGGCGCUCCAGGCCGUCGACACGUACGCCCGCGAGUCGACUCAGGUGAUGCAGCAGCAGGUUAAGGCGGACCUCAUACGCGCCGAGCAGCGCACGAGCGCCUUGGAGACGAGCAUGCGGGAGGCACUGCGGGAGGUGCAUGGCUCCUUGACGAGGGAUCUGGAGAACACGAGAUCCCAUCUAGAGCACACCAUUGAGACCGUUACACAUCAGCAGAAUGCUUCUAUGAAGCUACUCGAUGACCGUGUACAAGAGAGGAUAGUGCAGUGCGUUCAGCAAAUGAAUCAUAGCCUUCAGGAGCUUUCUGAACGAAUGACAGCGAGUUAUGUUUCCCUCCAGGCCUCGCUUCAAUCUUCUCAUGAGGCCCUUAAAGCUGACAUUGCCAGUACCAUGCAAUUUAGUCAGGGUGUCGACAACCAGCAAAAGACAUGUCAUCAGAUGGUCCUGCAAGAGCUCUCAAACCACAAGGCUCAGAUGGAGGAAAUCGAUAGGAAUUGGUCCUCAAGUGUAUUAGAACUAGGCACACGAACAAGGGAAGAUAUGCUAAACCUUAGAGAUCAGUGGCAGGCAACUUUCCAUGUGUUUGAGGACCAACUCGCAGCUGUCCAGGAGCGCAUUAACACUGUUUCUUCUGAUUUUGCGGGUCAAAUUAGUGAUUUGAACAAACUUCUUCUAGAGAGGUUUGUGUCCCCUUUAGAACUAGUACACAUAGAAGUGAACAAGCAGGCUGAGUGCAUGGUAGAUUUCUACAAAAGUCUAGAAAAUGUGCGAGGCCAAUUGCGACUUUCUAUGAACGAAGUAGAACAAAAUCUGACGCAGAUUCGCAGCACGAUGGAGACUGCUAUUCGUGCUACUCACUUGGAUUUGCAAAACCAAAUUCGUGAGCUUUCCGAAUUUAUUUCCCUUGAGCAGGAGCGGACGAGCGAUGAAAAUGUAGAAAAAAAGAUCAAUCAAGCAUUGGAAGGUUUACCUGACGAUGAAAACUGUCCGUUUGUGACUUGGAAGGACACGGAACGCAUGCAUAAACAGAUGGAGUCUUUGGAAAAUGUGUUGAAGAAGGAGUUGAGUUCAUUAAAUAAUGCUGAUGAGAAGCUAAAUCAUCGUGUCGAUUAUGUUGAGUCCCGACAGCGAGUUAUGGAUUUAACUAAUGAUGUAGUGUCUACACUCUCCGCUCGGGGUUUAAGAGGAUCAAGUGCGGGCAAUUCGGUAUCAGCGCCUUUCCGUAUUAGCGACAUACCUAACGAUCUCACUGACAAUGCUCAACUGAACCGUUAUAUUAAGGAUAUACACUCCUUAUGCGAUAGUCUCAUGAAAAGCGCUGAGGAAGCGGAGGAAGCGAAAAAUAUUUCAAUUGAGGCUUCCAUUAAGGCACGUGAAGCCCUUGCUGUAGUUUUGAAGGUUCAGAAGAAGCUGCAUCCUGAUUCUGCUUCGCUAGAAAAGGGCAAGGCAUCACAGUCUUACAGUCCACGGAGAGCAUCAUCGGCACACAAUCCAGCGACAGGCGAGUUGCGACGUAAUAGUCAUAAGCCGCAUGAUAAGAAACUAAGCGACGGUGCAGCUUCACCAGAAUAUUUAGAUUACGUAUUUCCAACAAUAAAUAACGAGUCUUCAAGCACUAAGGUAAGAAAUGGUGAUCCUAGACUAGGUUCGUUUCGAUCCUUGUCAAGGAAAGAUGACACAAGGGGAAAAGAUAACUACCAACCGUAUCAAACCUUACCGUUAGUAAUUGUAGACAACGCUGACACUCAGUAUUUUCAAGACAAUUUACCGAGUUCAAGAAGUGCUUCUCGUGAGAAGGGCCAUACAUCUACCACACAUCCCAGUAUGUCGACUAAGUUCGAAAGAGACAAGAGGCCUUCAUCAGGCUCAGCACGCCUCGGAAGCUCGUCAUCGAUGUCUAAGAAUAAGAGGUCUCCCUCCCGUGAUAGGGACCGUUCGCCUGGCCCCCGUCCUGGCUUGUCUUCUAGGUCUGAACAGGAUAAGAAGGUUUCACCAGGAUCAGCACGCCUCGGAAGCUCGUCAUCGAUGUCUAAGAAUAAGAGGCCCUCCUCCCGUGAUAGGGACCGUUCGCCUGGCUCCCGUCCUGGCUUGUCUUCUAUGUCUGAACAGGAUAAGAAGGUUUCACCGAGAUCCACACGCCCCGGUAGCUCAUCGAUUUCUAGGAAUCAUAAAACCAACCCCUUGUCAGGGGAUGGUUUGGUGUCCUCAUCUCAGCCUAUUUCCCAAAAUAUGUUUUCAAGACUGAUUUCCUUCAAAAAUUUCUUUUCAUCACCCUCUAAAGCUUCAAAUGUGCCUUCUACUAACCCGCUGAAGAGCCAUGGUGAUGCCAAGAAAAAGGCUACGGCUGCCUCUUAUCACCUCCCUCCCCUGCAAACCCCCACGCGAGAAAAGGACCUAAAAAAAUCAUCAGGUCUUCCGUCGGGGUCUUCGGCAAAGUCGAAGAAGGCCUCGAAGUUACAUUCCUCGAAAAGGCCUUCGUCAGUUGAGGAGUUGAUGAGGGAUGGCUCUCUUUCAUCUGUGCUGUCGAACCUGGCGCCAAAGGACCGAAAGAAGGAUAGUGGUCAUGUGAGGAGACUUUCUAACCAAGAGUUGGUGAGACUAAUGUCUGAUAUUUCCCUAGUUAAUUCACGUAGUAUGGAUGAAAGCAGUCUUCGACUUAGUCAACAGCCUAAAAAAUCCCGUAAUGGGUCUUCUCGACCUAACGAUAAAGGUAAACGCAGUAAUGGUCCAAGUGCAUCGCCAACGACGGAUCCAAAUGCAGAGAGACCUCCAUCUAGGCCUGGUUCAGUACAUGGAACGUCCAUGAAACUUCAUCCCCGUCCAGGCUCUACAUCUUCGCGACACAGUAUUAAAGGUUCAGGAAGUGAUUUGAAUGAAUCUUUGCAAUCUGUGCACCUUGGCCCAUAUCGCAGACCUUCAUCAGAAUUUGCGCCCACCCUGUCUCUUGGGAAAAAACGCAAAAAGUAG